UCCACAGCCCUGCUCUGCCUCCCAGGGGAAAAUCCACCCGUAUCCCACUCUGGCUUUUAAUUAUAAAUAACUUCAUUAUUCAGCCUUUUAAAUGCUCCUCAUCCAUUCAGCUCAAGGAGGCCAAAUUCUCCCACCUCGGUGAGCGUGGAGGAGUUCCUGAACUGGUGCCUUGUGCUAGAGAUUUGCAGAGGAUAUUUACAGGAUAACACAGACAGUCAGGACACAUGCAAUCAGAGAGUGGAGAUGUUGCAAACAGUCUGCAUGAGUUCUGAGCUCCUGGUGAACCAAAACAUGAGUGAAAGUGAAAUCUGUGGCUACAGCCCAGGCCAGGGAUCCCCACUGCCUGCAGAAACUGCCAGCCCCAAGAGCUGCUUCCAGCACAGCCCAUCUCUGCCAGAUUCUGGAUUAACUGAGCUGAACGUUGCGAGUCCCAAGAUCCACCACCCUCGUCCUCCAUGCAAACCUCCAGGGAUGCCUGCUCCUGCUGACUCUGAACUUAGCUCUGAUCCCCCUCAGAAGCGCUACAUGGGUGUGAGAGUGAAGAUGCCGGUGCGGGAAUUGCUGAGGAAAAUCCGACUUUCCAAAGGCUUGGACCCUGCUCCCGGCAAGGAAGCCUCAUCAGUGAAGAUGGUAACCAAAGGAUCCUCAGGAAAAACAGCAGAGAAGAGGAGAGCUCACCCUUAUACAGAGAAGCAGCUUAGACAGAGCAAGCAGAGCGCUGGGCAAACCCCCAAAGGCUUGGAGGACCUCGACAUCCUGGUGGAGGUGCUGCAGGAGGAUCUGAAGGAGAGCCAGCUCCGGGAGGAGCCUCGGCAGCCCUUGCCAGACGGCUUCUGGCAGGGAUUCUCCAUGGAUCUGCAGAGCUGCCGGUGGGAAAGCGUGGGGAGAGAGGAGGCAGCUGGUGACCCGCAGGGGAGGCAGCUUCACCCGGGGUCCUGCUCGGGAGAUUUCCACCCCAUCCUGCGGGGACAGGCAGAGCCUUCCUUCCAUGGGGAGCAGGGAAGCACCCAAAGGUCCGGCUCGCCGGGAAUGAUCUCCAGGACGGGCGAGAAAGGGAGCGGCUGGUGGAUGCAGGAUGCUCUCCCGAGCUCCCGGGAAGGUCUCCCGAGGAAUUCUCCAUCCCAGGAAGGUUUCCUGAGGAAUUCUCCAUCCCAGGAAAGUUUCCCAAGGAAUUCUCCAUCCCAGGAAGGUUUCCUGAGGAAUUCUCCAUCCCAGGAAGGUUUCCCGAGGAAUUCUCCAUCCCAGGAAGGUUUCCCGAGGAAUUCUCCAUCCCAGGAAGGUUUCCUGAGGAAUUCUCCAUCCCAGGAAGGUUUCCCAAGGAAUUCUCCAUCCCAGGAAGGUUUCCCGAGGAAUUCUCCAUCCCAGGACACGCCUGCACUCCCCAGCCUGGCACAGAUGUUGCUGGGAGCUCCCAGGGGCUCUCCAGAUGUGCAGGGACAUCUGAGGCCAACCCAAAUUUCCUUCACCAGGCAGGACCUCUCUGCCCUCUCCUUCUUCCAGUUCCAGCUGCACAGGGAGGAAAACUUGCUGAGGAACAUCCCAGAGGAAAAACUGCUGGCUCCUGAUGAAAAUGGCAACAGGCUGCUGCACAAGGCUGUUGCCCAGGGAAGGAGGGCUCUGACUUUUGCUCUGGCCCAGAGAUUUGCAUCCCUCAACAAGAUCGACGAGAAGAAUGCAGAGAAAAGGACUGCUUUACAUCUUGCUGCAGAAAAGAACCAGCACCUGAUGGUGAGUGACCUGAUCUCCCUGGGAGCCAAUGUCAAUGAGCAGGACAGCUCUGGGAAAACUCCCCUCCACCUGUGUGCAGAGAAUGGAUAUCUGAGAGUUCUGGAGGUCCUGAAAAACUGCAAGAACAACGGGGUGUGUGUGGAAGUGGAUCUGCCUGACCACUACGGUUUAACACCCCUGCACCGUGCUGCUCUUGCUCACACGGUGCUGGUGACAGAAUCCCACUGCACUGCCAGGGACCCCGGCUCGGGGAGGUUCCUCAGACUCCGCAGAGACCAAAUCCUGGAGGGAAUUCUCUGCCUGCUCCAGAUGGGAGCAAAGCCUCAGCUGCAGGUGCUGAAUUCAUGUCAAACCUCCAGUGCCUGCCUAAGGCUCGAGGAGAACACAGAGCUCAUGUGUUUGCUCCAGACCCAAAAACCCCAGGCACAGGAUGUUCUUCAAGAGAGCUGCAGCAUGCUGGAUGCUCCCAGAGGAAUCCCCGCUCCCCCAGCAGCAGAAAACUUACCUGAACUCUGCUCCUUGUCAUCCUCAGACCUCCUUGAUGUCCUUCUCAAAGGGAAAUGCUGAGAACUCUCAUCACCUGCAUCUGGUGGGUCACCUGCUGCCAGAGAAUAACCACAGCACAGACAGCAAAAUAUAGAAUGUAUUAUAAUAUAUCUGCUGGAAAGGUCUCACCUGGAGACAGAAUUAAAGAGAAAACUGAUAAAUGAGGGAAAUCCUCAGUGCAGCUUUCACCAGGAAUUCAGUGUUAGGUGCUCCAGGAAGGAUUAGAUUUUAAUUUUCUCACAAAUUUGUGCUUCUCUGCUCAGGUCUGAGGUGUAGCUGCCCUGCAGUCUGAAGCUCUGAUGAAUUUUCAUGCAGAUGUUUAGUUCAAGAAAAAUAUUUUAACCAUCCACGGCCUAAUAUUGAGGAUUUCAGUCUAAAAUCAGUCUCUACACUCCAAAUUCAACGUUCAGAUUGACUGAAAAUCUCAUUUUAAACACAAGCCCUGGGGAUUCAGAGUCUGAUGAUUUAUAUUUAAUAUUUUCUGUAGUCUGGCUCUGAAUUUGGCCAAGGCUGGAUACUUUAAGGCAGUUUCAUGGUGAAGUUCCAAAAUAAAAAAUCGUGCUGAGCAUAUUUUUUCAGCAAAAAUCAAGCUUUUUAUUUAUGCAAUCAGAAUUCUGCAACGAUAGUGGAUUGUAGGUGAAGUCUGGGACAAAGUGUUUCGAGUCAGCUCCUUUCUAAAAUAUCUGUCAGAGGAUUUUACCUUUAUAAAAUUCAGAUAUAUAACAACAGCUUUUGAAAGAUCAUUUUUUACACAAAGUUGGGAGCAUAACAUGGAGCUGAAAUGAUCCUACACUGCCAGAAAACCAAGUUAUUCAGUAGAAUUACUACAAACUAGAUCAUUUUUAUUUUGAAUUAUUUCUUCCCAGACUUACUCUCAUUUAAUUUGAACUUCUGGUUGCGAGUUCGCUGGUUUCUAUGAAACUUCCCUGUUUGCUACAUAGGGAGCAAUUCUAUUUUUACAGAACCUAAACCCCAAAAAUGACUGAUCCAGCAGCACCUCACGUGUCUCCUGUUCAGGAAAAUGGGAGAUUUCCCACGUGAAGCCACUGCAGGAUCCAGUGUUGAGUACUCAGCAUUUUGGGGUAUGUUUUUAAUGGACCCUUUGCAUUUGCUUCUUGUGAAAAAAAAGAAAAAAAGGUUAUUUUUGUGUUAUGGGGUUUCCUCAAGUGUUAAGCUCCAAGAGCUACAUUGCACAAGGUGAAUGAACUUUGAGAAGUGGCAGUGUUGAAGUGAAUUCCAAUGGGAUUUGGAUAAUAUCCUGUGAUUCUGAUGCCCUGAACAGCUAAAGAGUUCUCUUUUGUAUAUGCUUUAGUCUGAGACAUAAUAAUCUUUCAGUAUUUCAUUAAAUAUAUAUAUAUAUAUAUAAAAAAUAUGUUAUUCUCAUGAUGAGUUGCAUAACUCAUCCACCUCCUUCCCUCAUGUUUUAAUAACCUUGAGUCUUUUAUUUUUUUCCUUUUUGUCCCAGGUUUUCUUGAUAUUUUUCCUCUCUGGUUAUUUCUCUCUGUCCCCCCAUCACUUCUCAUCCUUCUUUCUGUUUGCAUUUUAACUCCCA